AUGCAAGGAAGGCUGAAGAGAGAAGAAAAGGAAAGACAAGAAAGGACGGAAGAAAAGAACAGACAAGAAAGGGUGGAAGAGAAGGAAAGACAAGAAAGGAUGGAAGAAAAGGACAGACAGGAAAGGUGAAAUUUGAUAUCACCGAGGAUCUUGAGUUGGUAUUUCCAUUUCAGGAAGGAGACGCUGAUAAGUGUUUCUUGCACUUUGAGAAAGUAGCUGGCAAUCUCAAGUGGCCGACGGAUUCCUGGGUAAUUCCAUUACAGAGUGUACUAGUCGGUAAAGGAAGAAAAAUUUAAACACGGUUAGGUGUAGAGCAAGCUGCAAAUUAUGACACUGCUAAGGAUAUUAUUUUAAAGGGUUCUGAAAUAGUUGCCGAGGUUCAGAGACCGUGAGAAAGUCAAUGGUCAGACUUAUGUAGAAUUUGCUAGAAGUAAGGAACAGUUAUUUGAUCGUUGGUGCCAUUCGCAGAGGGUAGAUGAGAGUCACGAUAGGUUAAUGACAGCUAGUUUUAAUAGAGGAGUCUAAGAGGUGCAUUCACAGUGAUGUCCGAACGUUGGUCUAUGAGCAAAAAGCAGAAACCUUAGAGAAAGGUGCACGACUAGCAGAUGAGCUUUGGUUGAGGCACAAAGUGAACUUCAUGGAAAAACCCCAUCAGCUUCACACUUCACCCGCUAGAGUUCUGCCUCCUUCGGUACCACGAUGGUUUGCAAAGCCAGACAAGUCGGCAGAAUGA